AAAAAAUUGAGGUUAUGUAAAAGUUGUUAUUACACUUUUGCAGAUUUAUCAACUAAAAACUUUAUAAAACGUAUUAAUUUUAAAACAAUAAUGGCUUUAAGACACAAAUUAUUUCAAAUAUUACAUCCAAUAUUAACAAAUAGAUGUACAUACUCAAUUCGACAUUUCUGUUACAAAGCUUCCCCAUUUGUGGAAGAUUUAGAUAAAUUGAACACAAAAUACGAAGUUUCAAAAGAUCCAGAAGAGUGGAAAUAUGUAGAAAGAGCAUUACCAUUAACAAUAAUUCCAGAACCAGUUGCAAAAGAAACCUACCCAUCUGGUUGGAAACCCCAAACUAAUGAAGUAAAAAAUAGACCUUAUUUUAUUGAAAGAACGAAAAACCAUAUGAUUCCCGUUUAUUUAGACAUUUCACAAAGAGGAGUUAGAAGGCAUACACUUAUAAAAAGAAUUCAGGGAGAUAUUAAUUUAUUCGAAAAAGAGUUGGUAAAAUUUCUGCAGAAAGAAUCUUUUCAACCAAUUAGGAGUCAAGUAAAUGAAUUUGCUGGGUAUAUUAGAAUUAAUGGUGAUUUUGUAAAUGCUACUAAAUAUUUCUUGGAAAAAAAGAAUUUGUAGAUACAUUGUAAUGUAUAUAAAAUUUUUAGACAGUA